AUGUCAAGUCCUUCAAGAUCGCCUAGCUUGUCGCGGGCAUCAUCACCAAAGACAUCAAUCAUCAUCUCCAAUCUUGAGAAAGAAGACUUUGUGAAACCUGCAGCUACUCAGCAACCGAGACUCGGGCUGAUUUCCAAGAACUUGUCGCUAGUAGACCAGAUUAAACUCAGCGUGUUGAACAGCAGGGAGGAGAUCAUCCAACAUAUCACCUACUGGUCGGUGCUCCCCUUCCUACAUCGUGUGAUCAUAAUCUUCAACGACGAGUCCACGGCCAAGGUGACAUUGCUGUACUUGACCGAGUUGCUCCAGCCCUAUCGCUAUAUCAAGAUUUCACUCCAGGAAAACCUACUCCAAAGAUCGAAAUCGCAAGAUCAGCUCGAUUCGGCAACCACCAUCACCAACGACCACUUGAACGUGAAAAACAGCUUGGCCAACUUCAGGAGCUUCCACAACGACCCCAAAAACCAAGGCAGCGCCUCGUUUGCUCUGGAAUACGUUGAGCCAGCACCAGCUCAAUUCAACGCAUUAUCCGAUUUAUCCAAAUUGGGAAUAAAUUUAAGAGACUACAAUAGCGACGAGCAGUUGAAUGACUUUUCUAAUGAAACUACAAACACGAGCAGCACGACAAAUGUGGGCGGUUCAUCGCCUGGUAGGUCGAAAAGCCCCUCGUCUUUGACCCCCGAGUUGAACCAGCAACCACCUGGUAGGUCUGACGUGCCAUUAGCGCGCAGGUCGACAAAGACCUUGUUCAAGCCCGAGUUGAGGUUGAAGACUGAUGUUGAAGGCAAUCUUGGUGGCGGUGGGGCAAAGAACCCGUCGCCUGCUCAGGAAAGUUUCCCUGCUUCGCCUACCAUUACUUUGGAUGAGACCUUCUAA